CUGUGCAAAAAAAGUAGUUGCACCAUCCCGAUCAAGCCGUCCGACAUCAUCCGUAGAGACCACCUUCGGCAGCCCACAUACAUCGCCGCGGCUUCAAGCAUGGACGAGUCGCCUCUUGUAAAGGCGCAUGACCACGCCAAAGCCGCCUCCAACGCAACCCACCAGUCCGAGACGACCGUCGCAAUCAACGAACAUGCCCUCGCCGCCGGCGAAUUCGCCAACGCCGCCCGCGCGACAGACAGCCUCGAGGCCCUGCGCACACUCAAACUCCUAGAACAGCACCACAAGCAACUCUCCGAGCUCCUCAAGCUCCCCCUCGACCGCCGCUCAAGCCAGACCUCCAACCCCGACACCAUCGACGAAAAGUCCGAGUCGCAGUCCCCCGAGACGAACAACAUCUCCGCAUCCGACGAUGGGCGCGCAAAGCCCGAGACGGCCGGGGCCGGCAGCCCCGUCGCCGCGGCCAAGGCCAUCCCGUCCCUGACGCAGCAGCGUCGGUAUCCCAGCCGCGAGAUGACCUCGUCCAUCGCGAGCAACCUCGCCUCGGCGCGCGGCAUCAGGUCCGGCAGGAACAGGAGCCAGCCCAUCCCGCCGAGCGUCACGAACGACCAGGCGCCGGGCAACAUGGAGGUCCAGGCGCGCCGGGAGGGCUCGAGGGCCAGGAUGCAGAACGUCUUGGAUCAGUCAGGCAAGCCGGCAUGGAUCCCGCCCACGCACGCCGAAUCGCAGCGGAGGGAUGAGGCGAAGAAAUCAGAGGAGGCCAUGUCUCCGGCCAGCGAUGACGGAUACUCGCGAUUCUACAACACCUUCGGCAGCCUCCUCAACCGGCUCUCCGCGCCCCUGGCCUUCGCCGGUCUGCCUCUCGUCGCCGAGGAACCUUCCACCCCGGAACCCGUCGAAGCCCCAGAACCAGCACCGCCGAAACGCAACAGGCUCAAGUCCCCAGCAGCGCCCGCCGAACCGGACCUGUCCAAAAUCUACUCCCGCGCGACCCUCCGCGCCAUCUCAGCACACAACCCCAGCGACUCCUUCUACGUCGUCCCGACGAGCGGCCACACCGUCUCUUACGCCAACAUCCUCAACUUCGCCGACAAGGAGAAGCGCCGCCUCGAGGCCUCCCUCCACGGCUCCAGCCUCAUCGAGGAUGACGAAGAUGACUUCGUAGACGCCCGUGAGACCCAGCUCUCCCCCGGCGCGAAACGCCGCGUCGGCGGCGGCGGCGCCAAGUCCCGCACCGAGCGCGACCUCUCCAACACGGUCGAGGAGCUCUACCUCGAGAACAAGGGCCUCAAGGACAUGCUGGACAAGCUUAGCAAGCGCCUCCACGCCUUCGAGGCCAGCGCCCAGAGCUCUAGCCUCGCCCUGGCGGAGAGCAUGCGCCUCAGGAGGCCCGGCUCGCCCGUCACCCCCAGCAGCGGCGGCACACCGGCGGGCGACGCCGUCCUGCGCUCGCGGAACAAGGACCUCGAGGAACAGCUCACCCUCGCCAUCCAGCGCAUGGAGGCCCUCGAGAAGGAGAACAGGACCAUGGCCCGCACGCUGGAGAAGUACCGCGACAAGUGGGACAAGCUCAAGGCGGGCGCCAAGGCGCGACGGCAGGCGCAGGGCGGAUCUGCCGAGGCCGUCCCCGAGGCGGAGGAGACGGCCGGCGGGGGCAACUGA